CUUACGCGUCUUUGAUGAAGCCUCGAUUGAACUUGGCAAAUGUCUAUUCUCUUUUCUCUUUUGAUAUUGGGUGCCACUUUCUUUUUUUCCUCACGCGCUCUGACGGAACGUCUAUUUGAGGGCCUUCAUUCCAUAGUGAAGGGGUUCAAGUCCUCAGGGCAUGCUGUGCAGAACGUCACAUUUUUUCUGCUAUGUUUUAUUUCGAACAAUUGCGUAUCAGUCUUCGGCUGCUGCGGUCUGAGUUUUGACUUUUGAGACAUUCUACAGAUCACUUGUCAAGCCUUGUUUUUCUCCUUUCACUGUUGGGUAGCCCAAGACACGGCUACUGCUGCACUGUCUGUUGCUGUGCAAAAGCAUGUCGAAUUAUCUAUCUUUUUGCCAUGUCCAACUCUCUCUCCGUUUCAUGGCUAUGCAUCCAUAU